CGACAUAAAGUCGGAAAUUAUCACUCAAAAUGAAUUAUAAUCAAAUUAGGUUCUUUUGUUCCAACUAUAUUGGGUAAAUUGCAAGGAUUGUCAUUGGGUUUAUUAAACACAUCCAUGUUUGGUCACUACUCGCUACAAAUAUUUAAUUUCAUUCGUGAUCACUAAAAUUAGUUUCAUAGUUCAUGUAUGGUCACUCUCCGUUAACUUUUACUGAUGUGGCAGACUGACAAUCAACCUUUAUAGUUGACCGUUAAAUGAGUGACGUGACAAUUAUCUGUACUCUAAUUCCCUAUCUAAUACAUACUACGUAAGCCAAAAAAAAAAAAAAAAAACUUUUGUGUGACGCGGUGAGGACCUGAUUCCGGAAAAAGUACGGUUUUUGCCCAAAGCAGGCUAUCCAGAAUCGGAAAACCUGCACCUUCAGCAUGGCUGUACGGACCGUACCCCGAAACAGAAAACCUCCAACUUUGCUCUUUGCUCAAAGGGAACUCAUUCUCUUUCUUCUUCCCGUGAUGCACCCUUCUUCUGUGUGUUUGUUUCUUUCUUCCCGGGAGCAGCGAAAACAGAUCCUCCGCUUUUGUGAAAACGAACGAAGAAGCUUUGCUUGAAGCCUUGAACGACGGUCUUCUUACAGUAAUGGAUGGUGAAAUUUCACCCCAGGAGGAGGACGCCAUUGUUGAGAGCAGAGAAGCUGUAAUGGUGUCGCCUGUUGGCAACUCCAUUCCAACUUCAAGACCGGGCCAUUUCCUCAAACCCAGAAUCCUCUCCACCUCAUCCAUUGAAGAGCAGGUUCUUCUCAAGCACCCAUUGCUCUUCCCUUCAUCUCCGCCACUGUUCUGCCGCGGCAAGAAGUGGCCGCUGCAGGUCAGCUUCAUGGGUUGGCAAAAUCCGAACCCUAAGUGGAAAUCAUGGGUCGAUCACUUGUCGCCGACUUACCAAUCCGUGUGGAGACGAGCCGGUAUCUACGAAGCAAUCAUGGGUUCUACUUGCAGCUUCCGCAAGGACGACGGCUUGAUCAUGGCAAUGGCUGAAAAUUGGUGUCCCGAGACCAACACGUUCGUGUUUCCAUGGGGCGAAGCCACGGUGACGCUUGAGGAUGUGAUGAUUCUGGGUGGUCUCCCUGUUUCGGGUAACCCAUUUUUCGCCUGUUCAUGUGAAGAGGGUCGGGGAUUGAAGCAGAUUGAAGAGAAAUUGGUGGAAGUUGCAGGUCGAAUACAGAGGAGGAGCUCUACCGAUGAGGAAUUUCAGAACGAGUGGGUGAGAGUGUUUAUGUGCAGCGGGAUCGAAAUCGAGCACGAAGCUUUUCUCUCGCUCUGGCUGGAGAGGUUCGUUCUCAGUGAUUCCGAGGGGUCUCCUAAAGCUUCAGUUUUCCCUAUUGCUGUUCAUUUAGCCAGAGCCAAACCUGUGGGGCUUGCUCCAGCAGUUCUGGCAAACAUUUAUAGAGAUAUGAGCUUGUUGAAAGCAACGAUAGUAUCCGCAUCAAAGAUUGAGACGUCUGAACCUGAUGGUGAUGUAAUGGCAGUCAACCUUUGGUCAUCACUCCAUUUCGUCCAGCUGUGGGCUUGGGAGAGAUUUCCUAAGCUCCGCCCAACGCCCAAUCCCAUCGAAAAUGGUGAACCCAGGUCAUUUAUGUGGAACAAUUUGAGAACCAGGAGAGUUAGGGAUUUGAGGCUGGCUUUGGACUCAGCAGGGGAUACUUUCAGCUGGCGUCCCUAUGCCAUUUCACUGAAUGGUUGGCAGUUUCCUGAUUUCUACAGGGGAGAUGGAGAAUGGCUGGACAUGGAAUCUAAUGAGAGCUUGCUGCGUUAUUCUUUAUGCCUGAGGGUAUCUGAGCUGGUGGGUCAAGGUUGUGUGGAGCUGUAUUUGCCGCAUCGUGUUGCUAUGCAGUUUGGGAUGGAUCAAGACAUUCCUCUAUCGGUCGAUCCAUCGAAUGAAUGCCUUGAAAUGGUUUGGCUAAAUUAUAUUAUGCCAUUUGGUAAUGCUAAGAUUUACAUUCCACCUCGGUUAUUUGAGCCUGAUGUUACUGUUGGGUACUUGAACUGGUGGAGAGAGCCGAUGUUGUCAUCAGAAGGCUUUCUUAAGGACAUGCCAAAGGCAAAUGGUCUUGCACGACGAAGAAGAACUCCAAGUAAGAGAAGAAAGCUUGCUCAUUUGUAUUCAUCAGGGGAUCUGGAGGCUAAUGAUACUCCACAUGUAGCAGAAGAUGUACUUGUUCCUUCUGGUCUACUUACCAUGUCAAGAGAAGUAAAGGUUGAAAAAGUUGCCGUUGAUGAUAUUCUCGGUCUAUCAUCUGCAAAAGAAAGCCAGAUAGUCCUCCGUAGAAUUGUGGAAGUGAAAGCAGAAACUGACUGUGAUGAUUGCCAGAAUCAUUCACUUGGUGUUUCACCUGCAAAAGAAAGCGUUAUUUUACAUCGAGAGGAGUUUCUGGCUACACCAGUAAAACAUGGUCCUGCCAUGGCUGCUUCUGCAGCAAGAGAAAGUUCUUCUGGAGAUUCAAUGGAAACCAAGCCUGUGAUUCCAGCUGAUCAUUCGAGGCGCGUGGAGAUGAUUGGAGGAGAUACCUGCGGGGAUAAAUUGAGGAGCAUGCCAGAACUAGCAGUACUUGACCAACUUGCGGCACUUGAGAGAGCUCUUGCUGAAUUUAAAGCAACACAAUGCAUCAUAAAGGUUGAAAGAGAUUAGAGAAUUAAUAGUAGUACACUAGUGCUGUAGUUUUUGGAGUAUAUGUGAAUGCCUGCUUGCUUUCUAGCUUUUUGGCUCCCCUUGCAGGAUACUUGAUGAUCUGUUACUUCAUCAGAUGAGAACUCAUUAUCUCGUUAGGUCUUCUUGUUUUUGCACAAACAUAGUUGGAACUGAAUAUUGCUUCAAUUACAUGAGAUGUGUUGUUAGCUUUUCCUCUCCUUGGAUCUUAUCUAUUUAUCCUUUCCGCAUGCUCUACUUUGAUUGGUAUUCAUACUUUCAAUUGGAAAAGUUCAAUCAUGUUGCUUCCCAGAAUCUACAUCUUUGAAUUACUGAUUUAGUUUCUGCUAUGAUUACACAAAUGAUAGUGGCUUAGUUUUUUUUUUUUUUUUUUUUUUUUGCUUAUGAGGUCAGCUGCAACUUCAUGUUAGCUACUCCAGAUUGUCUAAGUUCUGGUUACAUGACCAAUUUACCAUGUUCCAAUCUCUAGUAUGAACAAUGAUGAUCAGGUUAAGUUCUACCUUAUGUAAGAUUGUGGGGUUUUCUUAGUAUGUUCAUCAGGCUUCAUGAUUCCACCUUUGGAGGGUUUUUCUUCAAAUUAGUAGUGCCUGCCGGCAUUGUUCAGAAAUGAAUGAAUGUGGUCCAG